GUUAGAUGUUUUUACGAAGUGCACACACACUACAUUAUUCUCCACGGAACACAAGGUGUGAAAAUAUGGGAGUGUUUCUGGUCGUAGUUUUUGCCGUGUCCCUGAGUGGAUGUACUGGGGGACCUCUGGGGAAAGGUUUCCACCAGAACCGAGCGGUGACCUCCUGCCCCCCGUACUGGAUCCCGUGGGAGGGCGCCUGUUACCGGUUUUUCGACCACGCCCUGUCCUGGCGGCAGGCGGAGAGGAUGUGUGCACUGUUCGCGUCAAACGUCGUGUCCAUCCACAGCCCCGAGGAAAACAACUUCGUGUACGGGCUGACCGCACACUACGUCAGGACGUGGAUCGGGCUCAACGACAUCAACGCGGACGGGGAGUUUACCUGGACUGAUGGAACAGACGAAAACUACCUGAAAUGGGCUCCGGGACAACCGGACGAGGCUUACAACGGAGAGGACUGUGUGGAAUUCUGGGACAAGGGCGCUGAAGGUGAAUGGAAUGACCUUGACUGUGGGGCACUCAGGCCGUUCACGUGUAAAAUUCAUCUGGAGUAAAGUUUAAAGCCAUAAACAAAAUGACUUCGACUAAUAACGUAUACGUACUACACGUACAAUAAACAAUCUUAUAACACA